AUGGAAACUCUUUCACAGCAAAUUCUUCCUUCAGGCGAACUUCAUCUCAACCCAUCUAAUCCUAAUCAGCUUUUUAUCAGCGCAAACUCGAAUGAUCAAAUCGUCAGUUACAAUCUCUCUGAUGCUUUGGAACGGCCCCUUUUUGAUGCUGAGUUUGGCGAACACGAGUUUUUCUACGAAUUUGAAUUCGAGCCGAUGAACUUUGGCAUGUUCACUUGGAAGCCGAAUAUAAACGUGUUUGGCGAAUACGCAGUUGUUGAAUGGAACACCGUCGGUAACAACUUGCGCGACAGGAAUAGAGAGUUGUGGGUUUAUUCGACAAAAACUGGCGCUGAAAUAUCAGAAAUCCAGAUCGAAGAUAAUGACCCCAAAGUUCCAGUUUGGUCGAAAUGGUUUAUGUUCAAUGAAGAGCAGUUUCUUAUCGUUGUACAUAAAAUUAUCGAAGUUUACCGCGUCGUCAAAUUCUUCUGCGAAGUCGAAUUCGAAAAAGUCUACUUUUGCAACCGCAUACGCCCGAUAGACAGUCAAGGCGAAAAACUUCAAAUUUCUGACGUUAAAGGACAUGUGACUAACGAUAGCGUCAUUCUCGGCUUCUCUGCAAAAGAUGAGCCAGUUCGACUGGUGUCGCUUUCCUUCAAGGAACUUCUUCAUUACCGAAACGAGGACAAGCUGAACAUCGAAAGCAUCGCAUUUUUGGAGGAUGCUCGCACCCCGAACCUAACAUGUAUUGACAAUUCUAUUCUUCUCUUCAACACUGAAAAGGGACUGGUUGAAGAAAUGGACUUUCUUCACUUAGAAAAGAAGGAUCAACUAAAGCUAUUCGAAAAGAUGGGUCUUUCAACAAGAUCAGCCAGUAUGUUCAGAACAAGGCAGAGAAAAAAAUUAAGCGAAAGACUGAAAGAAAUUGAUGAAAAGUGUGCAGAAUCUGAGAAAAGAGCAAAGGAUGCGCGAGAGUCGUUACUGAAAAGCAGGGAUGAAAGCGUCAGUUACCGACCUAGAUCUUCAUUCACCGACCAAGACAGAUUUUCCACAUAUACACCCAAGUAUAGAAGCACUACGAGUUCUUCGACUUCUGGUGCUUACUCUCGAGGCGAGUAUGCAGCGUCGAGUACUUACAUUCAAAGAUCGCCGACAACAAUCUGCCCUGCUUUCCCACAUGUUGAAAAUGCCGAGUACAAAUGCGACGACACAGAAGACAAACUAGAGCACAACUCUGUUUGCACCUUGAGUUGCCUUGAAAACUUCGAGAAUUCAGUCGGUGAGGUCUCGCGGAAAUGCAAUUGCUUCACAACAUUUGGCCCAAUCGAAUUUCCAAAGCAGUGUACUUGGGAUGGCGAAGCUUUUGAUGCCUGCACGAUAAAGUCGGGCCUAACUGUUCCGAUUUGCCCGACUUUGCCAGACAUUGAAAAUGGAAAAUGGGUCUGUGAACGGACUCGCGCUGACUCCCAAGACGGCGAUGUUUGCUAUAGCACCUGCAAUGACGGUUACGCUUUGACAGAGACAAAUUUGCGUGCUAUUCAAUACGACUGCGACUGCCAGGGCGAGGAUUGCCUUUGGAGUCAGCGAGGAGCAGUGCUAGAGCUCGCCCUGCGUCAGCGAUCGGCUUUUGUCCUUGGACGUCAGCCAGUCGGAAUCGCUCCAAGAUCGUUCACACAGUCUUCCACCGGUUGGAACACGAAUAUCUUCAGAGAUGCCUCAGCGAUCUUCCCACAAUGCGUCCCAAUUCAAAGAGAAACAUACAACGCAUUUGACAACACGGUUACUGAAUUCAACUUCUGUCCAGAUCUCGUUCAACCUGAAAAUGGAAACUUUCUCUGCACUCAAGGAACCAGAGAGGACACAAUUUGCAAAUUGACCUGUUCUGAGGGAUUCUUGGAGGCUGGAUACGGCGAUAAAAAUCGACUAAAAUGCGGAGAAGUAUCACGCGGAGUGUACCAAUGGCGCAAAAACCCACUCGAUUUCGUUUGCCUGGAUCUUUCAGCGGAUUUCGAAGAGCACCAAGCUGGCUACGACAUUGGAACUUGUUCCGACCCAAGAGGAUCCGCUAUUGACAGCUAUCCAGGCUUUUUUACUUGCGACAUGGCGAUCACUGUUGAUGGGAUUGUAGUCGAUAGAAAAGUAUUAAAGAACCCGCAAAGAUUAACAACCGGGCGUUCGGAGAAAGAGUGCUUCUGCCGAAAAGAUAACUGCUUCUGGCGCAAUGAUGACAAAGUCAACUGCGAGCCUGACGAGGGAGUUUUACGCGCGUUCGGCGUUUACGACACAUGGGCGAAUAUAGGCGAUCCUCGCCGUCAAAUUGAGUUCGCUAGACAGGCACUUGGAGGAAAAGAACAAGAAAUCACACUUUACAGGAUGCGACAGAGUGAGUCUCUCAUCACGGCUCGCUCGGGGAGACCCAACAGAAAAAACAGACCAGGUACUGGAUUACUACAAGCAAGGAGCUUGAGUAUGCCUGGCCGACCCCAAAAAGUGACGUCUUGCGAUGCGAUUGAACGAUCCGCCGGGCUCGAGAGUGCCAAUUGCACAGGACAAAAUGCUGGCGAUAGUUGCCGUUUUAGGUGCAAAAGGGACUGA